UCGUUGCCAAGCAGAGGACAAGUGCUGUGGUUUGGGUCUCGUGCCUCCACCCCCUCGCCUGAUCAGCCCUAUAACUUUCAGGCUGGACACCCCUCCAGCCAGGCCAAAACCGCCUGGCUCUGUGCUCCGCAGGGUCCCCGCAGAGACGGCAUGGCUACCCAGUGCCUUUGUCUCCUGCUUCUUACCUGCCUGCUGGCCCUGGCAGCAUCUCUUCCUGACCUUGACAUAAGAAACUUGUACCUCCUCAAUGGCACGAUGGACGACAUCAUGAAUGCUCCUCCAGAGUCCCCCCAGCCUGAUGACGGUGAUGGACACGUCCGACAGGCCAGAGACAUCGGCCACCACCCGCCAGCAAGUCACGCCUCGGGUUGGCCCAAGGACUGCAGCGAGAUUCCCCGGGGCAGCCACAGCGGUGUCUACAUCAUCCAGCCCAAAGGGCUCCACCACCUCGUGGUGUACUGCGAGAUGAAUGUGACCCACGGAGGCUGGACCGUGAUCCAGAGGAACCAGAGAGACACACCAGUCACCUGGGCCGAGUCCUGGAGCACCUACAAGUUCGGCUUCGGGAACGUGCGCACCGAGUACUGGCUGGGCACCGAAUACAUCCACCAGAUCGCCAAGCAGAAGGUCUACCAGGUCAGGUUUGUGAUCCAGGAUUCUGCAGACACCAUCAGCUUCGCAGACUACAACCUGUUCAGCGUGGAAGACGAGUCCCACGGCUACAGGCUGAGGCUGGGCGCCUACAACGGCACGGCGGGGGAUGCCAUGACCUCAGACAAUCCCAACAACAUGCACGACAACAUGAAAUUCUCCACAAAGGAUCGGGACCAGGACACUUACAGUAAGAACUGUGCCUACAGCUAUGAGGGCGGGUGGUGGUUCUCGUCGUGCUACUCUGUGAGGCUGAAUUACAAGGGUGGCAUGUCAUGGGGCAACCUGUGCAAGGGGAACUGCAAAUCCUCCCUUAUCCUCAUCAAACCAGCUUCGUACUGUUAGUGCUUCCUCCUCCUCCUGUCCACACUGGACACUCUGCAAAGGCUCUGCAUGGCUAAAGAGCGUGAGCCUCUCCGGAGCAGAGUGAGGAGCCCAAAGAUAGCAGGGCUUUAGUGAAAUGCCACUUUCCAAUCCCCACUCUGAGUGCAGGCUCCCCUCUGCUCAGCUCUGUUCCCCUGUGCUUGCCAGUGAUUCCUUGUUGUUACGUUCAUAAUCAAGAAUAAAAACAUUACUUGUGAAAUUUGCGGAUUCCCCGUGUACCUUCCCUGAGGGAGGAAGACGCAGCCCUGGAGUGACGUCAAAAGUUCCCUGCCUCCAGAACUCACAGUGAGCAAAAAAGCUGCAUGCCACAAAUUUCCAUGUACUCUGAGAGCCUCUCUGCAGUGUCUGGUGAAGCAUCCAAAUAAAUGUGCUUGCUUGAGCUCAUUCACCAGUAAUGAUACCUGUUCUCUGUCUCUGGUGUGAU